UUUUCUUUUCUUUUCUUUUCUUUCCUUUGUUUCUCUCUCCUCCUUCUCUCCCUCUCUCUCUCUCUCUCUCUCUCUCUCUCUCUCAUUCUUUUUUGUUUCCUAAUUGAUCACUUGCUGUUGAGCAAGUCGCAGGAGAGAAUAAAGCGCCAUUUAAGCAGCAAGAAGCUUUCCCCUCAACUUUAAUACACGUUUCGCUGCAACCUCUCCGUUGAUCAUCAACAAUGACUCCUGCACAGCAACCAUCAAAACUGAGGACGUUCCUACGAUAUGACAGACUCGAUCUUACUCGAAUCAUCUCCUCCAAUCUCGUCAGCGCAAACGCCCUAUUUCUCAUCCGUCUCUUUGUCAGUCUGCACCUCUCAGCUGUCUUUAUCGCAACCCUCUAUGUCUCUGCUCGUGAUGAGGUCUUUUACAUGGUCUUCACCACUUUCACUAACCUCAGUAAUAUCGGGCUCACAGCAUACUAUCUGACAGUAACGUAUCACUCAUACAGCUUUAACCGACAUCGUGACUUGCGCUCAUUAACAUCUCAACACUGGCUACUGACCUCUGCUCUGGGUUUACUCUAUGCGUCCGUCGUUGUCUUUCACAUUGUUGUGCCUGCCAUCUACUGGAGCUUGCUUUUCGAUCCAAAUAACACAAUGGAUACACUCAACGAAUAUGUAGACUACUCUCACCAUGGCGUUGAUUUUGCCUGUAUCCUGAUCGAAAUGAUCUUCAAUCGAAUGGAACUGCCCUGGGUAUACAUCUUGGGACCUAUUAGCAUGAUUAUCCUGUACAUGUUCCUGGCUUGGGUCUAUUUUGCAGUGCGGGGGCUAUGGCUGUAUAGUUUCUUGGAUUGGAGCAAUGGUGCUAUGGCAGCUGCAUGGUAUAUUGCACUUCUCAUUGGCUUUGCACUUCUCUUUGUCUUACAAAAGUAUAUCCAUCAGGGCCGUGACAGGUUGACAAGGAGCAGAGAGGCAAAAGUAGCAGCAUGUGAUGGAACGGAUUCGUUAGGGAAGAAACAGACUCGAGUGACUGAUGAAGAGAUUUGUGACCAGAAGCAAGAAGUUGAAGAGCCGUUUGAGGAAGUUCAGAUCGGAGGAGAUAAGCAGGAGGUAGUCUAGUGAGGGCUGUCCGGAAAAGACUGUUUGUCAGACUAUCUAACUAUCUAAUCCAGUCUGAAGUUUAAAAAUGACCCAUACCAUGCUAACCAUGCUAUAUAAUAUAUAAGAUAUAUAUAUACCAAACCACACCUAAGGAAAAUCAUAAUAUUAAAAAUAUAAUAAGAGUUACACAAGCAUUAAACACAUUUUCACAUUAUAAUUCACAACAGUUCAUAGAUUUUCAGUUACCGUUCCUGACCCCGAGCGAGAGCAGCAGGCUGAAAGAAAAAGGAAGAAAGAAUGUCAGAUAGACAGACGGACAGACAAACAGAACAGGAAAAGAGAUUAUUGAUCGCGGAUAUUAUUCCAGAGUUCCCAUGCCACGGACAGGGUUUUUGUUUUACUUUUUACAGAG